AUGAGUCAUCCGUAUUUCACGCCGUCGGUUGUUCAUGGAUAUGAUACCCCGCACACAACUGGUAUGUCUUUGACUCCUUCGAUGUCGAAUGAACCUGCAACUCCGACUUUUGUCCCGGAGAAUCAACUUUCCGACCGUGAAUCCCCAAUUGAGGUGGUCAAUUUAGAAAAGGUGGUUUCAAAUGCUGAGGGUACAAGAAAGCGUUCAAGUUGGACAAAGGUUGAAGAUGAGGUCUUAGCGAGAAGUUUUGUCACUAUCAGUGAUAAUCCAAUAAUCAGCAAUGAUCAAAAGGCGGAUGCUUUUUGGGGACGGGUUGCAAGCUACUACAAUGCAAAUCUUCCCCUAGGUUCAAACACCAGAAGUGCAAAUGUUAUACGAUCACAUUGGCACAAUACAAUCUAA